AUGGUGGUUCUCAUGGUGCUGAGGACUCCCAUGGCUAACAGAAGAGAUUCUCUAAAGGAUUUCAUGUACCAGUUUAAGGGCACCUGCUACUUCACCAAUGGGACUCAGCGAGUGAGGCUCAUGGCCAGACAAAUCUACAACAAGGAGGAGAUCCUGAGCUUUGACAGUGAUGUGGGGGUGUUUGUGGCUGUAACAAAGCUGAGGCAGUCAAGUGCCAAGAGCUGCAAUGCCCAGAAGGACCUCCUGGCUGAGUAUCAGGCCCAUGUAGACACCUUGUGCAGACACAACUAUUACCAGACAGCUUUCUUCACUGUUCAGUUGAGAGUGGAGCCUAUGGUCACCAUCUCUCCAGCCAGGACAGAGCCCCUAAACCACCACAAUUUGCUGAUCUGCUCAGUGACAAAUUUUUAUCCUCAACAAGUUAAAGUCAGAUGGUUCCGGAAUAAAGAGGAAGAGACUUCUGGAGUUGUGUCCACACCACUUAUUCAGAAUGGAGAUUGGACCUACAAGAUUCUUGUGAUGUUGGAAGUAACACCCCAGCCUGGAGAUGUCUACACUUGCCACUUGGAGCACCCCAGCCUCCAGAGCCCCAUCACUGUAGAAUGGUGGGCACUGUCAGAAUCUGCCCAGAACAAGAUGCUGAGUGGAAUUGGGAGUUUUGUGCCUGGACUGAUCUUUCUUGGCUUGGGCCUUGUUGUCCACUUUUGGAAUAAGAAAGGUUAUCACACAUGAGGUCCUAUGGUGGCUGGAAGUUCCACGGGAGUCCAGGACUUGGAUGAUGAAGAUGGUGCCUAUUACAACACCCAUGAGGCCAAGAGACAAUCCCAGGGCACAGACCAAAGUCUUGUCAGCUCUGCCAUAGGGGUUGGAAGC